GUCGAGUCACAGCAUCGCAUCCACCAUCCACCACCUCACUUCCUUCUGCGUGAGGAUUUUCGACCGUUCCCCUUCCCUCGCACCCUUCCAUCCGUGCGACUCGAUAUCCGCGUCCCCUUCUUCGAUUGUGCGAUCCCUUGGAUCCCGAUCAUACCCCGCUCCACCACACACUCGUCUUCCGACUCCCCCACGCAUUUUCUCUCCGUGAUACCCUCUUUCCCUCUUUUUCUCUUUUUCUCCAGCAAAAUGUCUUCCCUCCCCUACACCUGCAACACCUGCCUCGUUGCCUUCCGCGGCAGCGAUGCGCAGCGCGAGCACAUGCGCCAGGACUGGCACUUGUAUAACAUGAAGCGUCGGAUCGCCUCCCUCCCCCCCGUCUCCCAGGAAACCUUCAACGACAAGGUGCUCGCCGCCAAGGCCACCACCACGGCGGCCGCCGCCAAGGCGUCCUUCGAAACGACCUGCGUCGCCUGCCAGAAGACCUUCUACAGCGAGAACUCGUACCAGAACCACGUCAAGAGCUCCAAGCACAAGGCGCGCGAGGCGCGGGCCAGCCGCGAGAACGCCGACGACUCGUCCUCCGUCAUGAGCUCCACCUUCUCCCUGGGCGAGCCGAUCAACAAGUCCGACGUGUCCAAGGUCGCCGACACGCUGAAGAACACCACCAUCGAGGAGGGCGACGAGGAGGAGGACGACGACGACGACGAAGACAAGGACGAGGAGAUGUCUGACGAUGCCUUCUCCCCCUCCCGCUGUCUCUUCUGCCCUCAGCAGAGCGCCGACAUCCAAGAAAACACCGAGCACAUGUACAAGGCCCACGGCAUGUUCAUCCCGGAAAAGAACUACCUCGUCAACAUCGAAGGCCUCCUCUUCUACCUCUACCGCAAGAUCAACGAGAACAGCGAAUGUCUCUACUGCCACUCCAUCCGCAACACCCCCGAAAGCAUCCGCACCCACAUGCGCGACAAGGGCCACUGCAUGAUCGCCUUCGAGUCCGAGGCCGAGCAGGUCGAAAUCGGCCAGUACUACGACUUCCGCAGCACCUACGACGAGGAGGACGACUGGGAGUCGACCGGCAGCGAGACCGCCGCGGAGGGCGGCGUGAAGGUCGAAGGCGAGGACGAGGGAUGGGAGACCGACGCCUCGUCCAUGGAUGAGGACGAGGAACUCGACGACAACCGCAAGAGCGCCCCCGUCCUCUACGCCACCGACUACGAGCUGCACCUCCCCAACGGAAAGAGCGUCGGCCACCGCUCCCUCGCCAAAUACUUCCGCCAGAACCUGCACAACUACCCCACGCCGGAUGAGCGCGCUGCCCGCCAGCUCGCCAUCGAGAACGGCGAGAUCGAGCCCGAUGAGCCCAAGGCCCGCGGCCGCAACCUCAACCGCGCCCUCAUCUCGCGCGCUAACGGCGGUACCGGCAUGAUCGGCACCACGGACUCCCAGAAACACGACGUCCAGAUCACGGAACGCAAGGAGCGGAUGCGCGCCAUCAGACAGGAACAGCGCUUCACGGCGAGAAUUAACCGCGGUGCUAACCACCAGAAGCACUUCAGAGAUCCCCUCCUGCAAUGAUCGCAUCGCAUACACCACCCCACACCACCCCUGGGUCUGUGUUGUGUUAUGUCAUGUCUGUAUCUAUCUCUGCAUCGUAUAUUGAUGAGUAUAUGAAAUCUGAAUCAUUCAGGCUUGGUUGGCUUUUCUCUCUCUCUCGCGGCAUUGAAUUUCUCCAUGUUGUGUUGUGUUGUGCUGUGUUCUACUGUCUUCUGCUGUCUUCUGUUCCGUUCUGUUUGUUUCCGUUUCCCUGGCAUUUCCUUCUGGAGUUGUGGUCGACUAAACAUGUACAUGCUUUUCGUAUGACAAAAGUAUAGCUAUUAUGGGGGAGAAUAUAGAUGUUGU